GAUGGCUCUUACCUUACCGAACUCCUCCUGAGCAAAGGCUACACAGUUCACGGGAUCAUCCGUCGAUCUUCCUCCUUCAACACCUCUCGACUUCACCACUUAUAUACCGACGCCCAUCUCAACCCAUCACCACGUAUGAUCCUUCACUAUGGUGAUUUGACCGAUAGCACCAAUCUCGUCCAUGUCGUCGCUCAAGUAGCUCCUAGUGAGAUUUACAACCUCGGCGCUCAGUCACAUGUCAAAGUGAGCUUCGAAAUGGCUCAAUACACCGGUGAUGUGGAUGGUCUCGGUACUCUCAGAUUGCUGGAUGCUGUGAGGACAUGUGGGCUUGCGAAUUUGGUCAGGUUUUAUCAGGCGAGUACGAGUGAGUUGUAUGGCGAUACGAAGGAAAGACCGCAGAAUGAGAAAACGGCGUUUCAUCCCAGGAGUCCUUAUGGGGUAGCAAAGCUGUACGGGUUUUUCAUCACGGUCAAUUAUCGGGAAGCCUACGGUAUGUUCGCAUCAAAUGGCAUUCUGUUCAAUCAUGAAUCGCCCAGGAGAGGAAGAACAUUCGUCACACGUAAAAUCACCAGAGCGGUGGCUGAAAUAUCAUUGGGAAAGCAAGAAUGUAUGUACAUGGGAAAUUUGGAUGCUAAGAGGGAUUGGGGACAUGCCCGCGAUUAUGUCGAAGGCAUGUGGCGGAUCCUCCAACAUUCAAAUCCGGACGACUUCGUCCUAGCUUCCGACGAAACACAUUCUGUGCGAGAGUUCAUCGAGAGGAGUUUUGCCGUCGUAAGUAUGCGUAUAACCUGGAGAGGGUGUGGUGUGGAUGAGAUAGGUGUGGAAGAUGGAGGUAGGGUUGUGGUGAGGGUGGAUCCGCAGUAUUUCCGUCCGGCCGAGGUAGACCAUCUACUUGGUGAUAGCACCAAAGCCAGAGUUCAACUAGGUUGGAAACGGACCGUAUCAUUUGAUGAAUUAGUGAGGGAGAUGGUCUUAGCAGAUGUCGCUAGCGCCAAGUUUCUUGUAGAAGAUCAAAACUAA